UCUCAUGAUUCCUGAUCCCGCCUGGGGGAAGAUUAGAAGGGUUUUCCUUGUGGAGAAGAAAUCUGCCUCCACUCCUGAUUCUCCCACUUCUGUCUACUAUGUGAUUGACACGUGUCUCAUUCCUUCCGGUUUAGGAUGUUUCCCGAUCUUUUCCUAGGCUUGAUUCUGUCCUUUUAAUAUUCUAGGACUCAUUUUAGCAUCUCCAUCAAUAUCCUUUCUGACUAGCCUCUGCACACUUUGUUAUUUGUUAAUAUCUGUCCAAAACAAUCUACUCCUCGGUGGGACGUGUCUCCCCCGGCAGCCUGACCCACUCGGAAGACGGUUCAGGAGGACCGUGCGCGCCUCUGCUAAUGUAACCUGAACUUUGAUUGGCUUUUAUGACAGCCACAGAGCUCCGUUUGGGUCACACUGAUCAUCAAGUCAUGGGAAAACACCAGAUUGCUUUAAACUGAAAUACUUCCAUUCCGAGCAACUUCUGCCCCCUGCAAUUUUAUCUUUGAAUAAUCUUUUUUUUUUUGAAAAUGUGCACUCAAGAUUUUGCAAUACAGUUCUCUUUGUUAAUUUUAGGGUAAGCUUCCAGCCUGUCUGCCUCAGUUUAUGUCCUGACCGUGGAUGGCAGCAUGGUAUGUGGUGUUCCAAGAGGUUCAUUGGCUUUAUAAUCACUUUUCCACCCUGAUAAAUCUAGGAGAAUACACAGGCAAAAUGAGCCAUUUUUUGGUCUUAGCUCCAUGGCAGUUGUGUGAUCGUGGGCAGGUCAGUUGAGGCUCGGUUUCCUAAUAUUUUAAUAGAAAUUUUAAUACCUAUCUUGAUCACAUCAUAGGGAAUUUAGGAGAACAAUUAAAAGAAUGGACAUGAAAGAAACUUGAAAAUUACAAAUGGCUGCACAGAGGAUUAUUACCAUGGUGAAGUUCAUCAUCAACAUUGUCACCACUGUCGUCAUCAUCUUUACCACAUCGAUAUAUUGAUUCCAAUAUAUAGAAACUGUCAUCUGAAGUAGAAAAGAUGUCAGAGAAUUUGAGCAGUUUUAGCAAAAGCUGGAGUAUUAUUUACCAGAGGCAAGGACAGCAUGUGGGAGAAUGUGGUGAGGAAAAUGCUCUUCUCUGGGCUUAAGAAGAGAAUGAAAGGGCUUCAGAGGAGCAGAUACGGGACUAUGGCUGAAGGCGGAACAGAACACACGCGGUCUGCAGCCUCGUCCUCACUGCGGAUCGUCCUGGCGGGCAAAACAGGCGGCGGGAAAAGCGCCACCGGGAAUAGCAUCCUCGGCCAGCCAGUGUUUGAGUCCAGGCUGGGGGCCCAGUCGGUGACCAGGAAGUGCCAGGGGGCCACGGGCACGUGGAACGGGAGGAGCAUCCUGGUGGUGGACACGCCCCCCAUCUUUGAGGCGAGGGCCCAGGACCAGGAGGUGUACGAGAACAUCGGGGACUGCUACCUGCUCUCGGCCCCGGGGCCUCACGUGCUGCUGCUGGUGACCCAGCUGGGCCGCUUCACAGAGCAGGAUGUGGUGGCCGUGACCAGGGUGAAGGAGGUCUUCGGGGCGAGAGCCCUGAGACACAUGGUCAUCCUGUUCACCCACAAGGAGGACCUAGCGGACGGAUCCUUGCAUGACUACGUAGCCAACACAGACAACCUGAGGCUGAGGGGCCUGGUCCGGGAGUGCGGGCAGAGGUACUGCGCCUUCAACAACCGGGCCUCUGGCGACGAGCAGGGGGAGCAGCUGGCCAGGCUGAUGGCCGUGGUCGAGGGGCUGGAGAGGGAGCACCAGGGCGCCUACCUCAGCAACGACCUCUUCUUUGAUGCACAGCGGCUCCAGCAGGGCGGGGGCGACCCCCACGGAGAAGGUCACGUGCGCUACCUGGCCAAGGUGCGGUCGCAUGUUGCAAAGCAAAAGCAAGACCUGCAAGAGGCCCAGAGAAACUGUGCCUUCAAGGCGCUCCUCGGAGUCAAAAACUGGAUCACUUCUCACAUCAGAAUAUUUGCUGUUCUUGUUAUAUGUUUUUUGAUUUUUCUUGCCAUUUUAAUUAGCUUGUGUAGUACUCACGAAUGCUGAGCUUUUUCAGAGGAUACCUGCCAUCAGCUUCCAUUUUUUCAGAGUCAGCAUCUUUACCUAUAUUGAUAAGGAACUUUAUUUGCUUUUUACAUAAUUUCACUUUCAAUGUCCCUUCCUUGCAUCAGACACACCAUCCAUUUUCUUCAGUUGCUUUUUAUUUUCCAUCCACCUGACCCAUCCGUAGAUCAGUCUAGAGCAGCCUGUUGCCUGAUGUCUGGAAACAGUUCUUUUACACAGGCAUACCUCGGAAACAUCGCAGGUUUGGUUCCAGACCACCACGACAGAGUGACUAUCAAAAGUAUCACACCAAGUUCUUGGUUUCCCUGUGCACAUAAAAGUUAUGUUUAUGCUACACUGUAGUCUAUUUAGUGUGCAA